CAGGCAGGCAGGCAGAGCAGCAGGAGUCAAAGGCGAGGGCGCGCGCGCUCGCCGCGGCAUCGUCGUCCCGCGCGCCACGUGCUUCCCGCUCUAGCCUCGAUGCGAAAAACGAGUUUUUUUUUCUUCUUCGUCUUCUGGUUCCCCCCCAAUCUGCGGUUCCUCUCUUUCUUGUUCUUCUAUUCCUCUCUCUCUCUCUCUCUCUCUCUCUCUCUCUAUAUCUAUCUCCGUUGCUUCGCGUCUGGGGCCUCGGGCGGCGCGCGCGGGGAGGGGCGUGGUGCAAUUAACGGGCGCGCAGCUCCACCUUGCCGCGAUCCGUCGCAAUUCUUUGAUUCCCUUCGCGGAAUUUUUCUUUCUUUUUUUUCCCCAUUCCAUGUGCGUGGAUCUCGGGGCGCGGGGCUAGGGUUUAGUAUGGCUUUGGUCAAUCCAUGGCGUGCGGUGCCGAGGUCGCCCUGUCGCUUCUUCUUUAAUGCGCGUUGAUCCCCAUGGACGGCGAGUGCCGGGACGCGUAUGGAUUCGCGGUGCGGCCGCAGCAUCUGCAGCGUUUCCGCGAGUAUGCCAAGAUUUACAAGGAAGAAGAAGAGGAGAGAGCGGACAGAUGGAAGGACUUCUUGGACAGGUUGGCUGAAUCUGCAGAUGACAUCACAACCAGCAUUUCACCUUCCAAAGAGGACUCUGCUGCUGGAGAUGUCAAUGGUGGAGAACACCUUGAUGGAGCUGAAAACUUAGAGAAUAGCAAUAGGGGUGGAAUAAAAUGCAACAAUGAAGAAGAGGAGGGAGAAGAGGAUGCAGAAAAGAGCGAUACACCAGAAAAUUCGAAGGAAAUUGAUGGCAACAAUCAAUCGCAAGAAGCAAAUGGUGAGGCGGACGAUAUCAAUGAUGUAUCUGCCAACUCAGAAAAUCUGAAACAGGAGAGCAUUGCAAACUCCGUAGAAUCGGACAAAGCUCCAGAAGAAUUGAAGGAGGUGAGUGGGUGUUCAGAGGAACUAUUAAAUGAUGAGAAUGGUGAUUCUGAAGGAUUAAAAGAUUCUCAUGGUGCCUUGGAAGGAUUAGGUGAAGCGAACAACGACAACUCGGAAAAGUUAGAAGAGCUUUUCUUGGAUAAGGGGUUGUUGGAUGAACUGAAGCCUAUAAGAGUUGAGUCUGGGAAGCGGGUGCGGGCAUCAAUCAGAAUCAUUGAGAAAAUGAUGAGCUCUCGAGUGGGCAAGAUAAGGAACACUGCAAAUGACAUGUGUGGAAAUGGUGAAGCACAGCUUGCAUCAAUUGAAGAGGAGGAAAGGGCAGCAGAUAAGAGUUGUAGAGGGGAUCCAGCAGAGGAAUCUUCUAAUCCAGAUAAGGUGGAGCAGGCACAGGACAGGGAACAAGGUGAUUCUGCGAGUGCUGCUUUGGAGGGAGGCAAUGGCGAGUCUUAUUUCCCUUGGAGGGAGGAACUCGAGAGCUUGGUCCGUGGAGGUGUGCCAAUGGCUCUUAGAGGAGAGAUGUGGCAAGCAUUUGUGGGUGUUGGUGCUCGUAAAAUUACUGGGUACUACAACAAAUUACUAGAUGAAGGUACUGAGGAAUUGGAUGAAAAGAACCCUGAGGACCAAGAGUUGAAAGAUCAGACAAAUGCACAGAAAAAGCCCCCAGAGAAGUGGAAGGGACAGAUAGAGAAGGAUUUGCCUCGAACAUUUCCGGGACACCCUGCACUAGAUGAGGACGGGAGAAAUGCUUUGCGACGGUUAUUAACAGCAUAUGCAAGGCAUAACCCAUCAGUUGGAUACUGCCAGGCCAUGAACUUUUUUGCUGGCCUAUUUUUAUUAUUCAUGCCUGAAGAGCAUGCAUUCUGGGCUCUGGUGGGGGUCAUUGAUGAGUAUUUUGAUGGUUAUUACACUGAGGAAAUGAUUGAAUCUCAGGUUGACCAGCUUGUUCUUGAGGAAGUUGUACGAGAAAGAUUCCCAAAACUUGCAAAGCAUAUGGAUUUCCUGGGAGUUCAGGUGGCAUGGGUGACUGGACCAUGGUUUCUUUCAAUUUUCAUCAAUAUGCUUCCAUGGGAAAGUGUUCUUCGUGUUUGGGAUGUGAUCCUUUUUGAAGGAAAUCGAACGAUGUUGUUCCGGACAACGCUUGCUUUGCUCGACUUAUAUGGGCCUGCCCUGGUGACCACAAAGGAUGCUGGAGAUGCAAUUACAUUAUUGCAAUCUCUUGCUGGCUCUACUUUUGACAGCAGUCAACUUGUGUUGACAGCUUGUAUGGGUUUUCAAGCAGUCAGGGAAAUAGGGCUGCAGGAGUUAAGGAAAAAACACAGGCCUGAUAUUAUAUCUGCUAUGGAGGAAAGAUCAAAAGACCGCCAUUCUUGGAAAGAUAAGAAGGGUUUAGCAACUAAACUUUACAGCUUUAAACAUGAUCCUCUAUGCCCACAAGUUAAUUCCAAGGAAGGGGAAGAUGAUUUGCAAGUGAAUGGGGAAAUGCAAUUUUUAGAUUCUGGGUCAGCAAAUCUAGAAACCUACCUUACUAGUUCAGCUCUAGAUAAUGAGUUGGAAGAGGGCAUUGAUCUUCAAGAUCAGGUAACAUGGUUGAAAGUUGAGCUGUGCAAACUGCUCGAGGAGAAAAGAUCAGCUGAACUCAGAAGCGAGGAGUUGGAAACUGCUUUGAUGGAAAUGGUCAAGCAGGACAACAGACAUAUGUUGAGUGCUAAGGUUGAGAAAUUGGAGGCAGAGGUAUCUGAGUUGCGAAAGUCCUUUGCAGACAAGCAAGAGCAAGAGCAGGCAAUGCUUCAGGUUUUGAUAAGAAUGGAGCAGGAACAGAAAGUGGCAGAAGAUGCCCGCAUAGCUGCUGAGAGAGAUGCUGCUGAUAAGAAAUAUGCUGCUCAGUUGCUCCAGGAGAAGUAUGACGCAGCGAUGGCAGCACUUCGACAAAUGGAGAAGAGAGCUGUAAUGGCCGAAACUAUGUUGGAAGCUACAAAGCAGUACCAGGCAGGGCAGUUUAAGGCCAACCAGUCCUUCAAUCCAAGUUCACCUCGUGCUGCCCCUCAGUCUGGGAAGCCAAAUCAAGAUCCUAACCAGGAUGCACCUAACAGGAGAUUGGGCUUGCUUUCUAGGGGCCUUGGUUGGCUAGAGAAAAGCAAGGGAAAGUCUAGUUCCACUGAAACACCUGAAGGCUAAACUCCUGUCGAAUCAGGACAUGAUUGUUGCUAAGGAUUGGAUUACCUGAUCACCAGAAAAAUGCGUUCAUGCAAGCAUCAAUGUUUUGCCCGCAGGAAGAUUCAACAUGAAUUUCCCAUGAAGUUUUGCUGAAAUUGUCAUAUGUAUCAUAUCGAGCCCAGUUGUCAGAUGCAGCUUCCUUGUUAGGUUCGAAUUGUUGUAAUGCAUCCGUGUAAAUUUUCUUUUUCAAUUAGUUUUAUUAAGAUUGUCGAUAGUUAGUUCCGGAUAGGAGAAAGAAAAGGCACACUACUUCCCAUACACAUUAGAUUAGUUUGCGACGAUGUCGUGGUAUUAUACCGGUGAAGAGCUGUUUUUAUACCUCUUCGGGAAGAGUUGUGCAGGAGUAGUGCAAAGAAAUGAUGUUUUUUUAUUCAUGUGACUUGCUUUCACACGAGUGCCUUAAGCAUAUUAAUUUCAUAUGUUGUGUAAA